CCCCAGCGUCGCCGGCCCCGCCUGCGCCGGGGUCGCCGCAGUCCCCGCGGCUCGCCCGGGGCUCCCUGGCCAGGCGCCCCAGCUUUUUUGCAACCAGGAAGCACUCCAAGGUUGGGGUAUCAGUGCCGGCCCACCAGAGACCGAACCGGAGGACCUUGGGCAUCCAGGUUCUGCGCUCCAGGGAGGCGGCCCCGCAGGGCUGGGCAAGGACGGGGCGGUCGGCGGAGGGGCGGGCGCCGCUCAUCAGCCACGCCAGUCACGUCUGGGGCCACCCGGCCGCCCACUGAUGUCUUGCUGGCUGGCCGUGCCACCUCGCCGGACCGGCGAGGGCAAAGGGGCUGUGGCGACGCCAUGCCCGGGCCGGAGUGAGUGAGCGCGGGCGAAGAUGGCGUACAUCCAGGGCAGUUGGAACCACUGAACGAGGGCUUUCUUUCCAGAAUCUCUGAUGUGCUGCUGUGUGGAUGGACUUGUCAACACUGCUGUCAGAGGUGCUAUGAGUCCAGCUGCUGCCAGUCUAGUGAAGAUGAAGUGGAGAUCUUGGGACCUUUCCCUGCCCAGACUCCUCCAUGGCUGAUGGCCAGCCGGAGCAAUGACAAGGAUGGUGACUCUGUGCACACAGCCAGCGAUGUUCCUUUGACCCCAAGGACCAACUCCCCUGAUGGGAGACGCUCAUCCUCAGACACAUCCAAGUCCACGUACAGCCUGACUCGGAGAAUCUCCAGUCUGGAUUCCCGGCGCCCCAGCUCCCCACUCAUUGACAUCAAACCUAUUGAGUUCGGUGUUCUCAGUGCCAAGAAGGAGCCCAUCCAGCCAUCUGUGCUGCGCCGGACCUACACCCCUGAUGACUACUUCAGGAAGUUUGAGCCCCGACUUUACUCCCUUGACUCGAAUCUUGAUGACGUAGACUCUCUGACCGAUGAGGAGAUAAUGUCCAAGUACCAGCUGGGCAUGCUGCACUUCAGCACCCAGUAUGACCUGCUGCACAACCACCUCACCGUGAGGGUGAUCGAGGCCCGGGACCUGCCGCCUCCAAUCUCCCAUGAUGGCUCCCGCCAGGACAUGGCCCACUCCAACCCCUACGUCAAGAUCUGCCUCCUGCCUGACCAGAAGAACUCCAAGCAGACGGGAGUCAAACGCAAGACCCAGAAGCCUGUGUUUGAGGAACGCUACACCUUCGAGAUCCCCUUCCUAGAAGCCCAGAGGAGGACCCUGCUGCUCACGGUGGUGGAUUUUGACAAAUUCUCCCGCCACUGUGUGAUUGGGAAAGUAGCGGUGCCUUUGUGUGAGGUGGACUUGGUGAAGGGCGGCCACUGGUGGAAGGCUCUGAUCCCCAGCUCUCAGAAUGAAGUGGAGCUGGGAGAGCUGCUGCUUUCUCUAAACUAUCUCCCAAGUGCUGGCAGACUGAAUGUGGACAUCAUUCGAGCCAAGCAACUCCUGCAGACAGAUGUGAGCCAGGGUUCAGACCCAUUUGUGAAAAUCCAGCUGGUACACGGACUCAAGCUUGUGAAAACCAAGAAGACAUCAUUCUUACGAGGCACAAUCGAUCCUUUCUACAAUGAAUCCUUCAGCUUCAAAGUUCCCCAGGAAGAACUGGAAAACGCCAGCCUAGUAUUCACAGUGUUCGGUCACAACAUGAAAAGCAGCAACGACUUCAUCGGGAGGAUCGUCAUCGGCCAGUAUUCCUCCGGCCCCUCGGAAUCCAACCACUGGCGGCGAAUGCUCAACACGCACCGCACUGCUGUGGAACAGUGGCAUAGCCUGAGGUCCCGGGCUGAGUGUGACCGAGUGUCUCCGGCCUCCCUGGAGGUGACCUGAUUGCCACAAGGAAGGCAACCUUCAUUUGUUAAAAAAAGAGGAAAAAAAAUGUGUCACAUAAAUAUUCAGCCCACACCUACGUAUACUUUCACACAUGUGCACGUGCAUACACAACGCCCUCUCUGUACCGAGAGCCAGCUGACAGUUGAUCAUGAAACAGCCACCCUCGUUGAGGAAAGCUUGUGAAGUUUCCAGACACUCCAUUCAUGCAUAAAUCACAAGCCGGGUAGACUCUGUUGUGGGACUUACUAGCAGUGCCUACUCUUAUCCACACCUAUGUCCCAAAAUGUACUUUCGACCCUCAGGCCAGAGAAAGGAGGCCUUCCUAGGAAGAGCCUGACUCAGUUUACCAAGAGUUCAGCUGUUAUCUGGGGGGCUUGAUUCCCCACUUCAAAACCAUAUCUUCCAGGAAAAUUCUGACAGGCCACUGUUAACUGGGGUCCCUUCUCCAACGGUGUAAGUAUCUUUAUUUUCUCCUUAGCAACUAUGAUAAAUAGAUUAGACCCUUUGGAGAGACCAAAGGGUAGCAAAAGACAGUAAGUUCGUGUCAGGAGCACACUCUCACCUGCUUUGUCCUUGUGUUAACUUAUUGCUGGGACUCCCAGUGGGUGUGUGUGAGUAUGUUAUUGUGAGUGUGCCCUCACGGGUAAGUACAUGUGUGCCUGUUCAUCCCAUUAGACAGCAAGGCAGUGGCCAGGACCUCCAUCCAUGAAGCUGUCUUACCUCUGCCUUUUAUCCAAUGCAAGUUUACCCCAUAUCCUCUCACACAUCAGAGACCCAGCCUGAGGUAGUGAUAGUUCACAUAUGUCCAUAAUAGGGUUAUGAUAGAGCAGAGGUAACAUGUCUGACUGAAUUGUGGUGGUUAUAACCCAUUGGGGGUUUGGCAUGGGGACGAGAAUGGUACUACAUCCCUCCACCAUGACCUCUCCCCCAAACCAGACUCCAGUGAUCCUGCUGUGUUUGCGUGUGCACCACAGUCAUGUCUCAUGUGCUAAGGCUUUAGUGUAGUUAGAAUAGAGUUCCCUCACAGGAUGCUUCUGUAUCUUUCUCCACAGCGUAUUGUCCUCUGUGAUGGGGAGUUAUCUGUUGUUGAAAUAAAAGAUUAUUUAUUUGUGACUUGCA